UCUUACCGGAUAACAUUUUCUGUAACGCAACACGGAAGUGACGGCCCGCCUUCGCAGAAAGCGUUGUUUUGCUUCAUCUUCAGCUACUUUUCAGCCAAGAAGACACCUGUUUUACAGUCAAACUUCACUAUGUCUUCAGAUUUUGAAGCCUAUGAACAGGACUUUGGAACCCUGACAGCAGAAAUAACCAACAAAAUUGGAAGGAUUCCCAAAUUAGGUGGAGAGGAGAAGACACAGCUGGUUCUAAAUGUCGACAAACAGCUCGAAGAAGUCAGAGAGUUGAUGGAGCAGAUGGAUCUGGAGGUGCGUGAGCUCCCCAUCCAGAGCAGAGGCAUGUACCAGAGCAGGCUGAAGAGCUAUAAGGGGGAGAUGGACAAGCUGGAGAAAGACUUUAAAAGGUCACGUAUCGCCUACAGUGAUGAGGUGCGGAACGAGCUCCUGGGGGAAGACGCUGGCUCCUCUGAGAGUCAGUUGAUCAAGUUACGUGAAGAGAGAGCACAUCUGUUGGACAACACAGAGAAGCUGGAAAGGUCAUCUCGGAGGCUGGACGCAGGCUACCAGAUAGCAGUGGAAACCGAACAAGUUGGCCAAGAGAUCCUGGCUAACCUACACACCGACCGCGAGAAGAUCCAGAGAUCCAGAGAUCGGCUGAGAGAGACAGACGCCAACCUGGGCAAGAGCUCCCGCAUCCUAACCGGCAUGCUGAGAAGGUAAGAGGCAGAAUCAUCCAGAACAGAGUCCUGGUCUUCGUCCUCGGCGCCAUCAUCCUCAUCACCAUCAUCCUGGCUAUCUAUUUCAAUGUGCGAGGGCACUGAUCUCCCUAAUUCUCUCUCUCUUACACACACACACACACACACACACACACACACACACACACACACACAUACACACACACACACCAGGCGUGAUUAAUAGCGACAAAAGCAUUGCUCUGGAGUAAUUAGGACAAAUGGUUCCAAUGAAUCACUUUCCAGGCCAUGACAGGGGUCUCUCUCUCUCUCCUCUCUCUCUCUCACUCCUCUCUCUCUCUCUCCUCUCGCUCCUCUCUCUCUCUCUCUCUCUCUCACUCCUCUCUCUCUCUCU